AUGGGUACUAGUCGAGAUCUCUUCUUCCUCACCAUCCUUCUCUUCUCCUCGAUUCUCUUCGUUGAGCUUUCCUCGGUACCGGAUCCGUCGUUUUACGAUUACCUCCGGGAGAGCGGUCUUCCCGCCGGCAUAGUUCCUAAAGGAGUCACCGAUUUCUCAAUCGACGUCAAAACCGGGCAAUUCACCGUCACUCUCCCGGUUCCCUGCGACGCCAAAUUCGAGAACCAGUUCCACUUCGACUACAACAUCUCCGGGAUCCUCUCCGAUGGCCGGAUCGGGAAUUUAUCCGGUGUGACUCAGAAGGAGCUCUUCUUGUGGUUCGCUGUCAAGGGAAUCCACGUGGAUCCAGAGAGCUCGGGGUUAAUCCACUUCGAUGUCGGCGUCGCUGAUAAGCAGCUUUCUCUCUCGCUCUUCGAGUCGCCUCGAGAUUGUACCGCCGCGGGAUCUAAACCUAAGACGGUUGAUCUCUCUAGAUCCCGUGAUUUGAAGAAGCAAUCUGGAGAUAUCCAAUCCAUCUUUGGACCGCCAAGGAAUCGCUGGACAGUAUCAUCUUAG